GAUGAGUGGGUGUGGGAGUGCGUUACUGCUGCAGUUUUGGUCUCUCAAAACAGGUGUACCGGGUUUGCUGAUGUUGGGACACCUCACUCCCCUCCCUCGCUCCACAAUGAACUAACACUGCUUCUUGUAACCAGCCUCCCCUCAGACGUCAGAAGGUCAUUAAUAACCAAUUAGGGGGUCAUCCAAGCGGCUAUAAAGAGGGCUGGAGAUUUUUUCUUGUUUGGGGAUGGGGGGAUUGCAGGAAGCACGCACAUAAACACCCACCAGUCUCUCCCCCUUGCUUCACAGUGUCCCCGUGUGCCUUGGCUUCCUUCCUUCUGUUGAGCUGUCUCUCCUCUUCCCCCUGUUUUGUUGCCAUUGACACUGAGGACCAUGGGCUCCGUGCUACCAUCCGAAGCGCUGGCUCUGAGAGGCGGUUUCAAGCCUCACGGCUUCUCGCUGGCGGAGAUGAUCACUUCAGACAUCCUUCACAGCUUUCUGUACGGCAGGUGGAGGAACGUCCUGGGAGAGCAACUUUUCGAGGACAAAAGUAACAGCGGCGGUCAGAAAAUCGCGUUUACUGCCGAAGCACUCGCUCAAUCCUUCAGCGGAGAAGUUCAGAAGCUGUCGAGCCUGGUGCUUCCAUCCGAGGUGAUUAUAGCUCAGAGCUCGAUCCCUGGGGAGGGCCUGGGCAUCUUCUCCAAGACCUGGAUUAAACCCGGCACCGAGAUGGGGCCCUACACCGGCAGAGUCAUCUCCCCGGAACACGUGGACCUGUUCAAAAACAAUAAUCUGAUGUGGGAGGUUUUCAAUGACGAUGGCACGGUGCGGUAUUUUAUUGACGCCAGUCAGGAGGACCACAGGAGCUGGAUGACCUACAUCAAGUGCGCCAGGAAUGAGCAGGAACAGAACCUCGAAGUGGUACAGAUCGGAAACAACAUUUACUACAAGACCACAGAGACUAUCCCUCCGGACCAGGAACUGCUGGUGUGGUAUGGAAAUACACAGAACACAUUCCUCGGCAUCCCAGGAGUGCCAGGGCUGGAGGAGGAACACAGGAAAAAGAACAAAGAUGAUGAGCUGAACGCAGGGGACAGUUCUGGAGGCAGCAGCGCGGGACGCAUGCGCUGCGUGAUCUGCUACCGCGGCUUCAACUCGCGCAGCAACCUGCGCUCGCACAUGCGCAUCCACACGCUGGACAAGCCUUUCAUCUGCCGCUUCUGUAAUCGCCGCUUCAGCCAGUCAUCGACGCUGAGGAACCACGUGCGCCUGCAUACGGGCGAGCGGCCCUACAAGUGCCAGGUCUGCCAGAGCGCCUACUCCCAGCUGGCAGGACUCCGGGCCCACCAAAAGAGUGCCAGGCACCGACCGCCCCCGGCCUCACUGCAGCCCCACUCCCCGCCUCUGGCAGUGCCACACUCAGCCACCUUGACGCACCACAUUCCCACCAUGGUGCUGUGACUGGAGGGAAUGGCCAUGAUGAGGGACCGCUCUGAUCACAUGCAAAAAAGAAACUUUUUUUUUGGGGGGGGGAAGUACACAAAACUCUUUUACUGCCACAUACAUGUCAUAAUAAACGUAGCAAUGGGGACACAGACCCACUCUGCCAAAGGGCAUCUCCUAAGAUGCAAGCUGUAGACUCAUAAGUGAUAGGUUCAGCAGCACAGUUUGUCUGAACCCAGUCCGUUUCUCCUCCAUCACUCUUUCUUCAUUCUGUAACUGACUUGUGCUGUGGUGUUGCCUGUAUCUGUUGCCCAUGUCUGUUUUACUUUUUUUUAAGAAAGUGGAUUUUUUUAAAAAAACGUGCGAUUAGUUUAACAACACUCAACAAAAUAAAAAUGACAGGCAGAACCACAAGGCCGUAAGGAAGGUGAGAGUGAGCCUCUCCACGUCUGCUAUAUUUAUCGUGGCCACGGUUCCUCCCCUCGGUCUCCAUACAACCAACACUAUUGGCAAACCACCUCCUCAGCCACUGAAGAUAUUGAGAGUUAGCUGCUCCAAUUGUACCCACGACACCGAGAUCAUAAAACAGAAACUGACAUUUUAGUUUGUGCUGGUGCUUAACCCCUACUGCUCCUCAUAGAGUUCACUCCUCUAUCAGCUGUAGCUCAAUUCCCUCGUGCCUGAUUUGUUCCGCAUCUCCUAGUUUUAUUUUCCCUCAACCACCUAGCUAAACAAUUAAUUACAUACAAGGGGCCUGCUUCAAUCACUAACUCUGCUGGUACAUUCGCAGACCUGCAUGUGCAACGAAUCUCUUCUCAUUCUUGAGUUUAAUCUUGUACCUUUUAUUGUUGUAAAUCUUUGAAACAAUAUGCUUCUAUCCACCCGGCCGCACCUCAUUCAAAUUUCCUAUGAACUAACGCCAGAAAUCACCUAAUUUUUAAGCAUAUAAACAGUUUCUCUGGUCUUUUCCUGCAUUUGUAUUUCUUCGUAAACAGGCAGAGGCUAUUCGACUGUGCAAGGGAGUUCUCAGGUCAGAGUUAAUUUAUGGACGUUUUCCAGGCGGACCUCCAACAGGAAGGCACAGUAACCCGGUCUGAUUUGUGUGUACUUAUUUUGAAAAAAGGUCAGUUACACUGGCCAUCUGUUAACAUACUACAGGCUAGAGAGUGAACAUCGGAUCACCUCGAUAUACGUUGCUCAAUACUGUACAACUGGGAAAAUCCUUGGAUUAAAUAAAAUAGUUCUUUCGGCAAGGACCAAAUGGCACCACAGUGCGCUGAGAAGUUACAAUGAAACAUUUUAAAGUUAUAAAAUUUGUUAUGAAAACUGUGAUACCGAAAGUUCCUUUAAUAAUUAACCUUUCCUGUGAAACUCUUGCGAUGAUUAAAUUACUUGUGUUUUUCCAGCGGAUUCAAUGUCAUAAGGAGCAGUGUCUAAACAGAUUUAGUUAUAAAAGUGACGUUUGAUUAUAAUUUCAUUUAGGAGCUUCAGUUGUUUUAUUACUGAGUCUUUCAUAGGAUAAUUGUACACCAGACUAAGCACAAUUCUUUUACUGGAUUUCCCCCACUCGGCCUCUCACACACCUGGUACACGUAAGAAAGUGAUAAUGGGAACUGCAGAUGCUGGAGAAUCCAAGAUAAUAAAAUGUGAGGCUGGAUGAACACACAGCAGCAUCUCAGGAGCACAAAAGCUGACGU